ACACUAACAAAGUUAGCUUGACUUGUGGAGUUAAUAAGACAUUCCACAUACAUUAGCCACACCAAGAAAAAAAUUAUAAUAAUAAACAAAACAACCAGAGGUUGUAGUUUAAAGCACUAGCUAGCAGUCAGAAGCUAAAGGAAGACGUUCACCUUCGUAUGAUGUCCAGCAACGGCGGAAGGGAAGAUGUUUUACAGCAGGUCAGCCACUUUUGGUCCAUGCUGGAUGCCUUGUCUCAAAGCGAUCCAGAGGCAUACCGCAAGUUUAUAGAGGAACAAAUGAAGAGAGGAGCUGAAUUCAACGCACCGCCUGAGCUCCAUUCUUGUGUGCGAACUCAGAUACUGGAACCAAAGCCAGGUUUGCUCUACAUUAACAUUUGCAGCUGGAAGCGUGUGCCUGCGCCUCACGAUCAGAGCAGCUCCCUUCCUUUGUGCGGAGGAAAACUAGAGAGCUGCAACACCGAGGAGCAAGGUGGCUGCUGUUUCGCUGUGCUGGAUGUGGCGCUAAAUCCCUCAGUGCUACAGAAGAGGAGAGAGGAUGAAGUAGAUAUUAAUAAUAUCUAUAUGCUGGCCCUGAGCUUUGCCCAGCAACAGCACGGGAUGUUGUUAUCUCAGGAGUACAGCGUUGUCAGUCGUAGUCCAAAAGGUAACCCGGACGACUUACAGUGUCGGCUCGGCUUUCAGAAGCUGCCAAUCAGCUCCAAGCAACUGGAAACAACCAGUCAGACUCCAGCCGCCCUCCUGCGACAGAUCUCCUCUUCUCAGCGGUCGGAGGAGGACAGCGCGGCCCAAAUCAUUUGCAGGCCCGCGGAGCAGACGAAGGCGAAUUUGAUCCAGGUCAUUUCCAGCACUUUCCAGGGGCCUCAGGAGCCCGAGUAUGUGGUGGAGGUGAAGAGCGAUGCGGCGGGAGUCCCUCGCAGCGUGGAGCUGACAGUGGAGCUGCCGAAAGUUCGUUCCAUGUCAGAGUGCCAGCUGAGAGUGUCUAAGGAGGAUGUUCUCCUAGAAGUGGAGGAUGUUUACCAUUUGCUUCUGGAGUUUCCAAAAACGGUAAACGAGGACACGGCCGCUGCCGUCUUCAGCAAGAAGAAACGGAGGCUCACGCUGACAGCAGCUGUUUUGUGACCAAUUAAUUUCAGCGA